UGUCUCUCAUUCACCAUUCUUCAACUCAAUUCAAAUCAAGGGGGGAGAGAGAGAAAGGAUGGAAUAUCAGAAACAAGAAAGUGGGGUGAAGAAGAUGAAAAGAGUCACUAAGAUCAUAGCAUUGGCAUCCAUUUUCUCUCUCGUUCUGUCUUACUCGUCUUUAGUCUCCUCCCUACAACAAAGACUCUGUUUACUUUCCAUGUAUAUCAGCCUUGUGGACAAGAAAUACAUGUUCUUGUUAUGCAAUGGUAUUGUAGGUUUUAUCAUGGGGAAUUUCAAAACCCUUCUGCGUGGUCAUGCCAUUAACAUCGUUGAAGAAACGGAAGAACUAAGGAUCAACCAUAUUCGAAAAUCAGAAAUGAAGAAUGUAGUGGUGCUACUUGAAGAACAAUGUGUAUCGAAAGAAGAAAAAGAAGAAGAAGUAGUGGCGCUGCUCGAAGAACAGUGUGUAUCCAAAGAAGAAGGAGAAGAAGCAGUGGCAUUACUUGAAGAACAAUGUGCAUCCAAAGAAGAAGAUAUGACAAGUUUAUUGAGAGAAGAAGUUUCAAUGGUCGUUGAGGAUGACGAUGGAGGUAAAGACCUCACUCUCGUUAGAAUAGAUGAUGAUGAUGAGAUAUAUGAUAACUUCCUAAGUUCGGAAGAGUUGAACAAGAAAUGCGAGGAGUUCAUCAGAAAGAUGAAGGCGGGGAUUCGAUCGGAGUCCCAGAGUUUAUUUACUUCUUAGAUAUGUGAUUGUUUUUUGAGUAAUAUUUAUCAACUUAUCAUUAGCAUAUUCACAUUCUUCUAGAGAAUGUUAAAAGUUUUUUAUUUGUUUGCUGUUGAAUAGAUUAUUUACUUUGGUGCCAAA